AUGUAAUAAAAGAGAAAUCAAGAAUAGUUGAGAAAUGCCUUAUAAUAAUAACUAUUUCCAAAAAUGUAGAAAAAGAUUGAAUACUCUAGAGUGAAACCUAAAAGGUAUUAUAAAUGUCUGAUAAAAUAAGGGCAAUAAGAAUUGAAGAUGGCAAUAAUAAAAUUCUUAACGCAUCUCCUUAAAUUGAAUAGAUGGAGUUUGAUUUCUAAACAAAAUACAGAUUAGGAGAGAGAAUAGGAUAAGGAGCUCAUGGAUUAGUGAAAUAAGCUAUAAAGGAAGAUACAGGGGAUAUAGUGGCAGUCAAGAUUUCUAGUAGUGGAGAUCCUGAAUUAGUUAAGACUUUUACUGAAGCAUACAAAAAUGCAAGAAUAUUGGAUCACUAAUAUAUAAUUAAAGUAUAUGAGUGUUUCAUUGAUGAAUAAUCAGAAACUCUAUUUUUAGUUAUGGAAUACUCGAAUUUACGUUCAUUAGAAGAAUUAAUGCGUCAUUCUAAAUUAACGUAUUUGUAUUUACGUCAAUUAGAGAAGAAUAAAUCAAGAUUUUAAUUAGACAUAUUCUAUUUGCAUUGUAACAUAUUCAUGAAAGAGGAGUUGCACAUAGAGAUCUCAAACCAGAUAAUAUAUUAAUUGAUUAAAAUUCAUUAGCUAUUAAAAUUAUAGAUUUUGGAGUUAGUAGAAGAUUUAAAAAAUAUAAUGGUAGAGAAUUCAUUGAUGUGGAUAUGUGGACAAGAACUGGAAAUGUAUAUUAUACAGCUCCUGAAAUUCUAAUUGGAGGUGGUUAUAAUGAAAAAGUAGAUCUUUGGUCUUUAGGUGUGUGCUUAUAUCGUAUCUUGUCUGGAAGCUUUCCUUUCUUUAAGGAUAGUGUCUUAGGAACAACUAAGAUGAUUUUAAAAGGAAAAUUCUAGUUACAUCAUAGUAUUUCGCUAUUAGCUUGCGAUUUAAUUAAGAGACUUCUUAAUCCAAGUCCAGAUCAAAGACUAUCUGCCAAAUGUAUUUUUAGAGAUUCACAUCAUAGUGGCCUUGCAGCAUCCUUGGUUGUAUCAUCAACAAAUUGAUCCCUUCUCUUUCAAAAGUAAUUAAAAUCAUCAAACCAAUUUCAGAACUAGUGAUGAUAUUAAGGACUUUAAUUAAAAUGAAACCAAAAACUCUUAUUAUUGUAGAAAUCUGCAUAUGAGAAGCAAUACAUUGACAAAAAGUCCUGUUACCCAGCAUGAUCGUUAAGUAUCACCUAAAUCGCCCCUUGAAAUCUUGAAAAAUGAUAUUGAUGGAGAAAUUUAACAAUCGCCAUUGAUUAAAUUAAAAAAAAUUCAAAAUGAAAUGAACAAAGAAAUCAACAUAAUAAAAAGAAAUAAUUAAUUUGAAUAAGGCUUUUAUAGAUUUAAAAUGAUAAAUUAAAAUGAAAAUUGA